GCGAAUAAAGUUUGAAGUUGCUUUGCACAUCUCCAUUCUGAAAACCUGCUCGCGAUGAAAACCAUACAGUUCGCUAACGUCGAAGACCAGUACCGAAAGUAUGCAGGCGAACUGCGAGCUACUGAUGUGCAGAAGUUAGGCGAGUGGGUGAAAAGCCAACCGCAUUUACCACCAGUUACCGAGCUCGAAUUGAUCCUGUUUCUACACUCAAAUUACUACGAUCUGGAGGCGGCACAACGUACGAUCGAGUGUUACUAUACCUUUCGAACGAGCUGUAAGAAUCUGUUCGGCAACAGAAACCUCGAUAAAGAUGCGAUACUGAUGGCGAUGGAUGUACUCGAUUUAUCUAUCCUUCCCGAACUAACGCCCGAAGGAUAUCGAGUGAUGCUGGCCAAGAUCGUUGACCCAGAUGCAAGUAAAUUUUCCCUCAACUCCUUGCUGACGCUUGCGCUCAUGUGUGUUGAUAUUCAACUUUGGGAGGAAGGAUGUAAUAACGGAUCGAUCCUCAUCAUCGACAUGGACGGCAUUCAUCUUGGACAUCUGCCGAAGCUGGGCAUAUUUACGCUUAAAGAUUUGCUGUACUUCAUACAGGAAGGCUUACCAAUUCGGCUUAAGGGACUACAUCUUGCCAACGUGGUGCCGUUCAUCGAUCGCAUCAUGACCAUGAUCAGGCCGUUCAUGAAGAAAGAGUUGCUUGAAAUGCUCCAUUUACACACCAAGAUACAUACUCUUUUCCCUUACAUCCCUCAACAUCUCCUGCCUUCCGAUUAUGGAGGUAUGGCACAGUCACGCAAAUCCUUACGAGAUAAUUUAUACAACUACACAAUCAGUUGUGGAGAUCAUCUAGCCAGAUACGAUCAGGUCAAGCGGGUUGACGAGAACAAACGACUCGCCAAACCACGCACAAUGGGGAACUUUUUCGGAUUGCUGUGAUCUGCACAGUUAAUUCCAAGCUUGUGGUGCUCUAUUUUUUAUAACCUCCCUAGCUACUAUUUUUUUCUCAAAGUAUCGAUCAUAAGCAAUAGUAAAUAAUACAAUAUAAAGACAAUAACUCGAACGACUCAAUAACAUGCCCGUCAUGGGUUCAAGUCCCGAAUAGACCGUGUCCCCAUACGUGUAGGACUGACUAUCCUGCUAUGUGGUAACAAUAAGUCACUGAAAGCCAAGGUCACUUCACUAGUUGGUACAGCCAGGCCUUGACCGACAGCGGUUGUUGUGCCAAAGAAGAAGAAGAAGAAAGACAGUAAACAAGCGCACAAUAAAAUUUCUUCUCCGAAAGAAAUCCUGUUUUAUUCAGAAGUAAAGGUAAAGGUCUGGUGGUAAAGUUGUCAACUCGGAUGACUUAACAACAUGCCCGUCAUGGGUUCACGUGCCCCCAUACGUCGUAGGACUAAUGAUCCUGCUAUGGUAACAAUAAGUCACUGAUAGCCAAGCUAAUUUCACUUGUGGGCACAGGCAGGUCUUGCCCGGUUGUUCUGCCAAAGACGAAGAAGAACGUCGAUAAUAACAAAA